CUCAGUACUUGAAAUCGCCAACCAGACAUGGAGUCUCUUUCUCAGUACCUUGUGGUGUCAUUUCCACAGUCUGCCAAUGCUUUUCCGUUUUUAGAGCGCCAAUUACAGCUGGGAAAGCAACCCUUAAGUGAGUUCAACUUGCCCGAUUUUCAUAUCCGGACGUUGGAUUCAUUGGUGCAGAUCUCGGAGGAGCUUGCCAAAUUAGACUCAUCAAUUGCAUCGUCCGUUUCAAAAGUAGCGGAUAUUAUUGAUAAUGUUGAACAGAAGAAGCUGUCACUGGACUCAAGGGUUGUAAAUGGAAAAUCCGUGUCCUCGUUUGUUGAGAACUUCUCUUGGAAUACAUCGAAAUAUAGGUUGGACAAGUCCAUCAAAGAUCUCGUUGAUAUUAUCAGCAGCGAUGCCCUUUCAUUGGACAACGAUGUUCGUCAAACAUUUCAGCAAUAUCAGACGGCAAAGUCUAAUUUUUUGGCCGCUGACAGAAAAAAGAACGGCGACUUAUCUAUCAAAUCUUUGCACGAAAUUGUUCGGCCCGAGCAAUUUGUUUUAGACUCUGAUCACUUAACUACUGUUUUGAUUGCUGUUCCGAAGAAUCUCGUUGGGGAUUUUCAAAAGUCGUAUGAGUCCCUCACUCAAUUUGUCAUCCCCAGAAGCGCCCAGGUCAUUGCCAAAGAUGACGAAUACGAGUUGUACACGGUCGCUUUGUUCAAAAAGUACGAGCAGGACUUUAUCAGCGCAAGCAGGGAACACAAAUGGCAUCCAAGAACAGAUUUUGUAUAUUCAGAGGAAAAUAUGAAUCAGAUGAGAAAGGAAUUCGAUGUUACGAAAGCCACAGAGAUGAAGACGAAAAAUGAUUUGAUUCGCUUAGCCAAAACAGCGUACUCUGAUAUUUUCUCAGGCUGGUUUCAUAUAAAGGCCAUUCGUGUGUAUGUGGAGUCCGUUUUGAGGUACGGCUUGCCACCGCAAUUCGAUUCUUUUGUGAUUAGAUUUGACAAUUCUGGCACAAUCAAUAAGGCAAAAAAA